UUCAAAAUGGCCGAAGGUGGUACAACAACCAUCGUCAGUCUAAUAAACAUGGAUAAAGAAGGUGAUGAUGAUGACAUUAACGCUUUAUAUAAUCGUGUAGCAAACAAGUUAGGGUGGCUUGAAAAACAAAUUGAAUUACAGGAUUGUAGUAGCGCUGAUAACAAACGUAAAAAAACAAGAAAGUAUAGUCGAAAAAAACAACCACCAAACAAAGAAAAUAUCGAUCCUGAUACAACAACAAGCAGAGAACACUCAAAAGUCAGACACAGUGCUAAGAAGUCUAAAUCAAAGAAAGAUAAAGAAAAGGAUUCUGAAAUAUUUUCUAUAGAGGAAAAAAAUGGGCUGACUCCUUUGAAGGCUUCAGCUGUGUUACAAGACAGUAGGUCUAACACUGGAAGGCAUAACCGCAACAGAACCAAUCAGGAUGUUACAAACAUUUCUAAAAUUGUGCCUGAGAGGAAGCCUAUUGGAGAAAGCAAAGUUACAAAUGAUCUUUUGGAUCAAGAUUUGGAUGAGCUCUAUGAUUCGGAUGUCCCACUCCCGAAUGUCCGCAUUAAUUGUAGGAAGAAUGAUAAAAUUGAGGGGAAUAAUCAAUCAGAGGGAUUGGUUUCACAUUUAGAUGUGUCCUGGUCUGUUAGCCCAGUGGUCGUGCGAGGUGGUCAAGACGAUGGGCCAAGUCCACCACCUAAUGCAUUAAAAUCUGUGAACCUUUCGCUUGAUGACCUUUCUUUUAGGUUCAACAAGAAUAUAAACAUAAGUGAAGCAGAAAGUAGUAAUACUCAAAACUAUCACAAGAAUAAAAAUACAGUCAAAGAAUAUCAUGUAAUUGAGAGUGAUAGUGAAUUGAAUGAAGAUUUUAUUACUCCAGCAGAAAAUCAUUUAUCAGAAAUUUGUCCUGACCAGAAUCCCAACUCCUCGCAAAAAUGUAAAUUAAAUGAAAGUCUUGAUAUCAAACAUUCUAGAAGUAUCUCUUCCACUGAAAAGGAUUUUGCGCAAGUAAAAUUCACAGAAUCUCCAGAACCAAUGAAAUGGCUUCUUUCGCCAUCUUCUCAGGUGAAUCGACCAAUCAAAUCAGACGUUACAGAUAAAACUAACACAGUAUUAGAUGAUUCAGAUGAUGAUUGUGAGAGUCAUAGAAUUUUGAGUCUGAAGGACAGAUUGAAAAGCAAGUGGAAGAGGAAAACUGGUAAAGAAACAUCAAGUGAAGAUGACAAGCAAACCAGUGAAACAAAAUAUAGGGCUUCAAAUGUCUUGGACAGUAGCAGUGAGGAUGAGUUUGAAUCGUUUCUUGCUAGUAUAAGGACACCAAGUAAAGAAACAAAGGCAAAUGAGAUUGUUUGUAUUGAUGACGAUGACAACUUCCUGAAUGACAACCCGUUAUCAAGUGAAGAUGAUGAUUUCCUACAUGUCCGCCUGUCUCAGAACAUUGAAGUUUUCACAUCUCCCUCAAUGAAUAAGACAAGUAAAGAAUUCAGGACUGAAGCAGCAGUUAUCUCUUUUGAUACUGAUUCUGAUGACGAUGACAGUGUCUUCAUUACUCGCCAGUGGCCAAGAAAUAAAAAGAAAUUCAGUAGCGACAGUGUCUUUUCAAAGGGGCCUAGAAUUAAAACGAAAACCAGUGGUAACAGUGUCUUUACUAAUUCAAAUGGGCCUAAAAAUACUAAGGACAUCAGUGGAAACGAUUCUGUCUUCAAAACUCCCAUUGGCUUUCUAACCCCCGGUGCCAAAUCCAUCAAAAGGAAGCCCAAAGCGACUACCAACUCUACCGGUACAUUUAAGACUCCUGGCAAAACAUCUGGCACAAUGUCCUCUUUUAUCUCCUCUUCAUCCGUUUCUUCCUCUCCGCCUAAGUCCAGGUCGUUUCUCAAAUCUCUGAGCACUCCGUAUAAGGGCACUCCUUCGUCAUCACCGUAUAUUAACAAUUUCAAGAGUACACGAGACGAGUUGAUCAGGAAGCUCUUUAUAAUCUACAAUGAUACAGUGUUUGAAAAUAAGCUGCCAUCUGAUUUUAAGAUAACUUGGAACAAGAGGAUGCGUAAGACGGCUGGCUUCUGUUAUUACAGUCAAAACCGUGCCAAAAAUCAGCGUUUCUCAAGAAUUGAGCUCUCUGAAAAAGUCUGUGAUUCUGCGGAACGUUUACGGGACACCUUGAUCCAUGAGUUGUGCCAUGCGGCAGCAUGGUUGAUCCACGGUGUGAGUGAUGGUCAUGGAAAAUUCUGGAAGUACUGGGCGGCAAAAGCCAACAUUGCACAUCCUGAAAUCCCGAUAAUUAGUAGGUGCCAUUCCUAUGUGAUCAACACAAAGUACAAGUAUGACUGCAGCAAAUGUGGUUACACGAUUGGCCGUCAUUCAAAGUCAUUAGACACCUCCAAGUACCGCUGUGGGUGCUGCAGAGGCGAGCUGGUCCUUAGGCCUCAGCUCGACAAGAGCGGAAAGCCGGUGAAACCACGAGCACCAAGCAAGUUUGCACAGUACGUGAAGGAGAAUUACGGCGUAGUAAAGAAGGAUAAUGACAGGAUGAAACACGCCGAUAUUAUGAGGGUUUUGAGUCAAGAAUUUAGUAACAAAGCCAAAAUCAACGAAUCAUGUUGAGAUUUAAAAGUUUCUGGUGGAAGAAAAAACUUAUUAUUAAAAAUAUACCACCAUUGACAUCUAAUAAAUUAAUAUAAUCUAGAAAGUACAUUAACAAUUCCAAUAUUUAAUUAUAUUUUCAUGUUUUAUUUUCUUGGGACAGAUGGUAUAUUUCUAUUUUAUUUUGGUUAUUGUUUAUUCAUUUUUGAAUUGUUAAAUUGUUUGAUAUUGUUUAGAUAUUAAAAAUAUACUGCCAUUCUUAAUUGACAUCUAAUAAAUUACUAAAGUCUAGAAAGAACACUAACAAAUCCAAUAUUAUACAGAUAUUGACUGCUCAUGAAGGGAAUGGUGUAAUCUACUUCCACGAGAUGAUGUGGAAACUUGUGCCGAAGGCCUGAGGGAAGAUAGGCUAUGGUCUCCACAUCACUGAGGGGCUAUAGAUUUCACCGUUCCCUGAAUCUGGAGCAGUCAAUAUUUGUUUUAUAUACCCUAUACAUAGACUCUACAAUACCUAAAAAAGUGAUGAAAAUAGUACACACCAAGUGGGCUUACUUCCUAGCAUGAUCAAAAGACCAAUCUCUCAGCGUCAACACGGCAUAGAAAUUGCUCAUUGCACGACAGGGCAAAAAAAUACUACCAUUUAGUACUUUCUAUUGCCCGAAAAAAGAAAAUUUCAGGAAAAAAAAUCGACGUUUUUAAUUUUUAUUAUGCCCACUGCUGCCUUGAAGUCUCCAAAAAUGAGAUAUUUAUAUUUCUUUCUAAUUAUACAAAUUUAACGCAUUUAACUACCCCCUUACUACACUGUUUAUAUUCACCAAUAAAAUGUUUAUUUUUUCCUCCUCCUGGAUGUUUUUGGCAAAACUAUUUGCUAAAUUAAGAAAACAAACUUUUUAAAUUUUUUUUCCUACCCUCCUCUGACGACCUUUAUAAAAAUAAGUUAUAAAACAAGGUGUAAAAAAGCCAUGCCUUACUAUUGAUUGUAGUUUUUCUUCAACAGUUGUCUAAAGAUGUCGAGCAUUUUAAGAGCUACUUUGUCAUAAUUUGGAAUGAUAAUUUGCUUUGUUAAACCAUAGUCCAAAUUAUAAUAUAAUGUUAUUUUUUCAGCUUUAAUCCAUCUGCUCACAGCAAUGAAUAAUGUGUAUUAUUUUGCAUCGGCCAUUUCAAUUUAUUGUUUUCUUUUGGAUGAUGUAGAUCAUGUUAACAUAAGUAAUUAAAAAAGCUGGAUGUAUAAUCAUUCACUAGGUAUUAUUAAAGCACUUGCUGAAAAAAAAAAGUAUUAUGAAACUUGUACUAAGCUAUGCAUUCCA